GUUAGUGUUUAGCAAAGGGCAUCGCUUGUAAACCGCUCGCAAUGGCUCUGAAGACAUCCUUCUCCCCUCGUCAGGUCACUUCGCGACCCUUCAAUGGGAUUGCGCCCCGGCCAACUUAUAGGAAAAUUGUCCGUUGCCAAGCAUCAGCUAGCACGACUGGUACCAUCGGGCGCCGUGAGCUACUUCAAGCUGUCUCAGCUGCUACACUUCUGACUGCAACUCCCGCGCUCGCUGCCAAGACUCCCAAGGGGUUUAACGCUGUGGAGGACCUGCAGGACGCCUACAAGUUCCUGUACCCCUUCGGCUGGCAGGAGGUGGCGGUGCAGGGCGCGGAUGUGGUGUACAAGGAUAUUGUGGAGCCGCUGGAGAACGUGAGCGUGACGAUCACCGCCACAGACAAGAAGGACAUCACGGAAUUUGGUGACCUGCAGACGGUCGCCGAGACCCUGGCUAAGGACGUCCUGACGGCUCCGGGUACGGACGUGAAGAUCGUCAACGCCAAUCAGCGGGAGCUCAAGGGCCACAACUACUACGAGAUUGAGUUUACAGCUGCUAACCCGCGUUUCACGCGCCACCAGUUGGCAGUGGUCGUCUGCAACAACGGAACAUUCUACACGUUGACCACUGGCUCCAAUGAGCGGCGC